UUAGUGCUGACGGGAAAUACAGGGACUCAAGCCAAUGUCACACUCUGGGUAUAUGGAGAUGAAGGAGUCACUGGACCAAUAAGUCUUAGCAAGGACAGCUCAGAGCAGCUCUUCCUUCCAAGACAGGAGGAUGAGUUUCAGAUUGAAAUAAGGAACAUUGGAAUGAUAUAUAAGAUAAGGAUAGGACAUGAUGGAACUAGCGAGCAACCUGAGUGGAGUUUACAGAGGGUGACCAUGCAACAUAUAAAAAGCAAGAAGACCCUGGAUUUUGCAGCAAAUGCAUGGUUAUCUCGAAUCCAAGCAGAUGGGGAUGUUGUCUGUGAGCUUCCCGUAGUAGAAGGAGGACAAGCUAUUUUUCCAUUAGUGAGAUACCAUGUUGAUGUUCAUACUGGCCAAUUGAAGCAAGCAGAAACGAAGUCUGAAGUUUCCCUGUGUCUCUACGGGGAGAGAGGAGACUCUGGUCUUAGACUGCUGUACAAAUCUAACAUGCCAGUAAAGUUUCAAAGAGGACAGACUGAUACAUUUCAAGUAGAAGCAGUGUCACUUGGAAAACUGCAGAAGGUGCUGUUGCGCUGUGAGGCCAGUGACAAAUCACAGUACUGGUAUUGUGAAAAGGUUGUCGUCAGAGAACCUGGUACUACAUCUGAGUCCAUCUUCACCUGUGAAAGAUGGCUUCCCUUUAUGUCUCAGGGCAUGAUUCAUUCAGAAAUUGAACUUUUUCGUCAAGAAAUGCAAAUAAAUCAUCAACCUAAAAUACAAGAGGAAGCAAAUGAAGGAGAUUGGAAAGUGACUGUUGUCACUGGGGACCUUGAAAACGCUGGCACCACGGCAACAGUAUCCCUUUAUGUCUAUGGAGAAACAAGAUGUUCAGGCCCUAUUAUUUUGGGAUCUGGGAAACACCAGCUGUUUAACCCCAACAGCGCAGAUAUAUUCAAGAUUAACCUUAAAGAUAUUGGUGACAUCUAUAAAAUACGUAUUGGACAUGACAACAGCGGAAAGGAUCCCGGGUGGUAUCUGGAAGAAAUUAGACUCGAAAAUAUAGACACACGUGAGCUGUUUUGUCUACCUGUUGAUUCCUGGAUAGCUGAGAAUGAACAUGGUGGAGAUAUAUGGAAAGAGAUGCCCGUUGUGAGAACUAAUAAAGCACCUUUGCCAGUGGUGGCUUAUGAGAUCUACAUAUACACUGGCAGGAAGCCAGGUGCAGAGACAGAGUCUAAUGUAUUUAUCAACCUGAUUGGCACCAGAGGAGAUUCGGGAAAUCGAAGACUUCAUCAAUCCAAAAAUAACAAAGUCAUGUUUCUGCGUGGACAGCUUGAUGUUUUUUCCAUUGAGGCAGUGUCUCUUGGAAAACUGAAGAAAGUUCUGGUUAGUCACGAUGGGACAGGUCCAGGUAAUGGAUGGUUUCUUGAGAGCAUUGUUGUUAAAUCUGAAGAGGAACACAGCAAUCAAGAGGUGCUGUUUCCAUGCAACAGGUGGCUAGAUGAGUACCAGGAUGAUGGCAGGACGGAGCGGGAACUGCUGGCAGAAGGAAGCAUCAGUGCAGUAGGAGAGACUGGAUCCGUGGCCUCCUGAAGGGGCCCACCUGGUCUGUCGCUGCCCUGAGCUUUCAAAGACGAUUGAUCUGAUUGUGAUGGUGUGUUUGCCUUUUCCUUGCACUGGAGCAAACACCUGGAGAGGGUCAGUUUGUGCUGGACACGUUCGUUGCU